UUUUAAUUCAACGUUCAAUCAUCUUUUCUCUCAACAAGCAAGUGGCAUAUCAUAGUGAAACUGUGAUUUUGUUACAUAUUCUUAUAUUCUCCACCUUCUGCAGUUUUACUCAAGCAUUGUUAUCGAUUGUAUAGUUUUCAACUCUCUUCAUUCUCCUAAUCAUUACAAAGUUCCAAAACUAAUCACUCUGUACACCCCAGUUUUCAAGGAAAAGCAUCCUUGUGAAAAUGUCAGAAUCCAAGGAAGAAAAUCCUGACUUUCUUCCCAAGUCAAAGCCACAGGAGGAACAUGGGUUUGCCAUGGAUUUUGACAUUGGCUUCGAAAGUCUAUGGCCCUUGGAUCAUCUAUCUUUGGUCUCCAACCCCAUGUCUCCUUUUCUCUUAUCCACUAUCGAACAACCUUUUUCUCCUGUCUGGGCUUUUUCUGAUGUUGAAGAUGAGCAAAUCAGAAUUGCAACUGCAGGUAACACAAAAGCAGUAAUUGAAAAUCCAGUUGAAAAUUAUGACAACAAGAAAUAUGUGUCACCAUCUCUUGUAGCCGUGCCACCUUCAGAAAAUUCAGAUGGCUAUUGUCUAAUCAAGGAAAGAAUGACACAAGCACUUCGCCACUUCAAAGAGUUGACUGAACAGAAUGUUCUUGCUCAGGUUUGGGCACCUGUGAGGAAUGGAAACCGGUAUGCACUCACAACUUCAGGCCAACCAUUUGUUCUUGAUCCACAUAGUAAUGGACUUCAUCAGUAUAGAACAGUGUCUCUGAGGUAUAUGUUUUCUGUGGAUGGAGAGAAUGAUGAAAUACUGGGACUUCCUGGUAGAGUUUUUCAGCAAAAAAUUCCAGAAUGGACUCCUAAUGUUCAGUACUAUUCUAGCAAAGAGUAUCAGCGCCUAAACCAUGCACAACAUUACAAUGUUCGUGGAACCUUGGCUCUACCUGUGUUUGAGCCUGCAGGGCAUUCAUGUGUAGCUGUACUGGAGUUGAUAAUGACUGCACCGAAGAUUAACUAUGCUCCUGAGGUUGACAAAAUCUGCAAAGCCCUUGAGGCAGUUAAUUUAAGGAGUUCAGAGAUUUUGGAGCAUCCAUACAAUCAGAUUUGUAAUGAAGAUCGCCAGCACGCAUUAGCCGAGAUUUUGGAGAUACUGACAAUUGUAUGUGAGACUCAUAGUUUGCCUCUAGCACAAACAUGGGUUCCAUGUAAGCAUCGGAGUGUCUUGGCACAUGGUGGUGGUCAUAAGAAAAGUUGCUCAAGUUUUGAUGGUUGUUGCAUGGGGCAAGUAUGCAUGUCUAUAACUGAGGUAGCAUUCUAUGUCAUAGAUGCUCAUACAUGGGGUUUCCACGAGGCUUGUGUUGAGCAUCACUUACAACAAGGUCAAGGGGUUGCUGGGAGGGCAUUUUUGUCUCACAACAUGUGUUUCUGUGGGAACAUUACUCAAUUCUGCAAAACUGAAUAUCCCUUAGUACAUUAUGCUCUCAUGUUUGGUUUAACCAGCUCUUUUGCAGUAUGCUUACAAAGCUCUCAUACAGGAAAUGAUGAAUAUGUGAUAGAGUUUUUUCUUCCGCCAAGGAUCACAGAAUUUAAUGAACAAAAGACUUUGUUGAGGUCAAUAUUGGCCACAAUGAAGCCACAUUUUCAGAGUCUUAAGAUUGCUGCUGGUGUUGAACUUGAGCAGAAUUGUUCAAUUGAAAUUAUAGAACCAAGAAAAGAAAGAGUUCAUUUGUGGUUUGAAUCAAUUCCAAUUACUCAAUCUUCUAUGUCGCCACCUAGACAUGCCUCCCCAAGUAUGGGGGAGAGGCUGCCACUGGAGCCAUCUGAGCAGCAAAUAACAACAGACUUUGAUGACAUAAAUGAUGGAAGGAAUCUCGGUGAUAAUACAGAUGGGCACAUUGAUCAGAAUACUUCCUUGGAACCCAGAACCAAAAAGAAACCCUCAGAGAGAAAACGUGGAAAAGCUGAGAAAUCUAUUAGUCUUGAUGUUUUGCAACAUUACUUCACUGGAAGCCUUAAGGAUGCUGCAAAGAGCCUUGGUGUUUGCCCUACUACAAUGAAACGCAUCUGUAGGCAACAUGGGAUAUCGCGUUGGCCAUCUCGAAAGAUCAAAAAGGUUAACCGUUCCCUAUCCAAGCUAAAGUGUGUCAUUGAAUCAGUCCAUGGUGCUGAAGGUGCCUUUGGUUUGAACUCUCUAAGUAAUGGUUCACUUCCCAUUGCUGCUGGUUCCUUUUCUGAGCCCUCCACUUCAAACAAGUUCAACUGCCAAACCUCAUUGACCAUUAGGCCAUCAGAACCUAAGAUCAAUGAACAAGAUUUUGAUGCUUCUAGAGCAUCAGAAAAAAACAGACAAGCUGGGUUGGAAGCUCACUUUUUAAGUACAAGGACACAAAAUCCUGAGAAAGCGAUUAAUGAAAAAGUUGUGGCCGUUCAGGAGAUUGGCACUAAAGGUACAACCAGGUUUAGAACUGGGAGUGGCUCAAGUGAAGAGAGUGCAAAUCCUUCUCCUCAUGGUUCAUGCCAAGGUAGUCCCCCAAAUGAAAUGUCCCCUCCAAAAGAUAUAUUUGUAACAGGUACCAGUGAGCAAUGUCUUGUUUUAAGGGGAUCACUGGGGUCAACACUGCACUCAACUAGUACACCCAACCGUGCAACUGCAAACCCUAUGCCUAAUUUUGUGGAAACCACAGAACCUCAAGAACCAUUUGGAGGACAACUUCUUGAGGGUGUUGGUAGUUCUAAGGACUUGAGGAAUCUAUGUCGUUCAGCCGAUGCUGUUUUGGAGGAUCAGGUUCCAGAACCUUGCAGGAUGAAUCCUCAAUGUUCUGAUUUGGCUCCUGUGCAGCACAUGGAUACUAAUAACAUGACACCUUUCGCAGUUAGGAAAGAGUUGAAGAAUGUGACCAUUAAGGCAAGUUACAAAGAAGAUAUCAUAAGGUUUAAGAUCUCUUUGAACUGUGGCAUUGUGGAAUUAAAAGAAGAAAUUGCCAAAAGAUUGAAACUAGAGGAGGGAACAUUUGAUAUCAAGUAUUUGGAUGAUGAUCAUGAAUGGGUUUUGAUAGCCUGUGAUGCAGACCUGCAGGAGUGCAUGGACAUCUCAAGAUCAUCAGGCAGCAACAUAAUCAGGCUUGUGGUGCAUGAUAUUCUGCCCAUUCUUGGAAGCUCUUGUGAGAGCUCAGGAGAUUGGAAAGGUUGUAUAUAGUUUGGUUUGUACUUAGCUAUUCAGAAUCUUUAGUUGUAAGGGUAGGUCUUUCUAAAAGAUAUUAUGGUUUUAGAUUUGUGCAUAUUGCAAGAAACCGUAACGUUGGAUUUAAGUACUUCAAGUUUCUAUAAUCACUGUCUUCCAAUAGUUGCUUAUCACCCAGAAAGAAAUGGGAAAAAAGAAAGAAAAGGUUUCGAUUUGUUGAAAUGUAAUGUCUUUAUUAUUAUUAAUAUUUAUGUAAGGGAUUUUACAUUUUAAGGUUUUGUCAAGGUUUUCCGCCCGUUUACUUUUCAGAAUUAUUGUCUCAGUAGGAAGUUGUAUCGAAGUUUUAAGUGAAAUAAAACUUUUUAGUUUUUUUUCAA